AUGCAAGGAAGUCUUUAUCAGAUAAAAGUAAAGCUAUUAGAUUUACUGAAAAUAUUUCAAGAGAACUUUUUAAAUUUUCAAAGUAAAAUUUUCACUUUGGUUACUGAUUUUAUUGAUUUAGAAAAUAAGAUAAAUCCAGCAAAAUUAAGACAAAUUGCAAGACCUUGUCCUCCUAAUCAAUUUUGUUCAUAUGGAGAUGGUAUACAAGUACAACUAAUAACAGUUACAUUAAAACCAGUAACAUAUCCAACUACAAAAAUGCCUUCAACAACACAGACUACAAAGACUACAUCAACAAUAACAGUUACAGUAACUACACCAUCAACACCGGUUAUAACGCAAACACAAACAGCACCAAGUCAACAGACAACAAUAAACGUAUCGAAAUUGGCAGAAGCAACAUCUAGUUAUAUUGGCAAUGAAAUCAUUAUGAACAUGAAAAAGAAUAGAAAAAAAUCUAAUAAAACUAAACGUCAAAGAAAAUUUUAA